UCCGUGGUUGCCAGCCUAGGUCACGUGACGGCCAAGAUGGCGGCGCACAUGUGAACUGUGUUUCGACAAGACCUGGCAGUCGUCACUGCACUUUUUGUUGUCAAGCAGGGCCAGUAUAUGUGAAUGAUUGAAAAGUAUGCCAAUCACGAAGCACGAAGAGAAAAUGGUUGAUUUGCAGCAUCAACUACGAGAAAAUCAACAUGAUGUUGAGGAGUUUUUGUCAGAUAUGCAAAACUGGGAAACACGUAUGCGAAAGAAAGACACUAAUUUGAAGAUGGAGGGACCAGUCAUUGAAGCUCAACUUCCACCUGUCCGCAAUACAUUAGAUCAGAAAAAACUGAGGAAAAAGAAGAAAAGGACAACUGAAAGAGUACAAAACAAACCAAAACGAAUAAGCAGCUAUGACUAUCUUUCGUGGGACACAUUUGAUGUUAACAAGGCCAUAGAGGAGGUAGACAGACAGAAAGAUUCCUCCUCAGAAUAUGAGACAGAUGAGGAAUGGGAUACAGAAAGGAAAAAACACCUGGCAGAGGAAGAAAAGGAAAAGGGAAAUGCCUAUUUCCGGGGAGGAGAGUAUGACCAAGCCAUUGAACAUUAUUCACGUGGCCUCCAGCUUGAUCCUACCAACCAUCUACUUCCAGCAAACAGAGCAAUGGCCCUCAUCAAACAAAAAAAGUUUGCAGCAGCUGAAGUAGAUGCUACAACAGCUAUCUCCCUUGACCCCCUGUACGUUAAAGCUUACAUGCGUCGGGCAUCAGCCAUGGUGGGACUAACCAAGUUUGAAUUAGCAAGGGCUGACUAUGAGAGAAUUCUUAACCUUGAACCACAGAACAAACUUGCAAAAGCUGAACUGGAGAAAACUGAAAAGGAGUUAAUGCGAUCUGUGUCGAGGCAUCCAGAAGAAAAAUUGUUUACUCAAGAGCCUGGAAUCAUCAGUCCAUUGCACAAGUCAUCAGAAUGUAGAUCAAUGAAAUCUCUGAGAAGAAUUGCAAUUGAAGAAGUUGGGAUAGAAAGUCAAGGAGAUGAUGUUGUCACCACAACAUUUAAACAGAGUAAAUCGCUGCAAAGAAUAACUGAAAAAGAUAACAGGAUGUUUCAGAAAUUUGUGUCUAAAUCAGAUUCUCUAGCAAAAUCAGUUAAACCUAAAGCUGUUGAGAAACUUGGAGAUUCUGAAUCAAAACAGAGAAAUGCCCUCAGUGAUGCAGAAGAAGGACAUUCAUCAAGCAGUGUAAGCUUGGCAACUGAUGGAACAUUCUCAGAAUCAUCAGACGACAUGUCAGGAAAAAGUGUCCCGCAGACUUCAUAUCAUUUCCAGUCUGAUUACAAAGUGCUGAAGCACAACAAGGAAGCUUUCUUUCACUAUUUCAAGAGGAUUGCUCCAUCUACUUUUCCAACUCUAUUUGGGGAGAUGCUGGAUUCAGACAUACUUGUCAACAUUCUGGCAGUCUUUAAAGAAUUUUAUGUUCCUGCAGGUGACAGCUUUGAAGAACAUCUUGUGAGUCUCACCAGAGUUAAGAGAUUUGAAAUGACAGCAUUGUUUUUGUCAGAGAGGGAGAAACAACUUGUAUCAAACCUGAUUGCUCACUUAAAGCAGACAUCAUCGUCCAGAGAGGAAGACAUCAAUAAUUUAGCCAAGAAGUAUAGAGUGUUGUGACAACCUACUCCUGCAGACAAGUUUUUGUGAAGACUGUGAAUAUUAGAGCUUGCAUCUAUUAAGUUUCAGUGUCUCUUGUAAUGUAUGUAAUUCAAUGUUGUAUGUAGGAAGAAUUAGGAAGAUAUUUUUUCAGCAGUUUCUUGAUAUAAGCAUGGAUAGUUCUAAAAAUGAUGAAUAUCUGUUCAGAAUAAUCCUAUGACAUUAAAGAGAUAUCCCUAAACAGCUUUUACAGUCUUCCAUAAUUACCAGAUGUGAAUCCUUCUCAAGAUCGGAAAGCGCAAUUGUUUUACAUUGUCUAAGGUUAUGGCGUUCCAGGACCUAAUGAAUCAACCAUUAUUUAUAAUAUGGAGUGUUACACUCAAGUAUCCUAUAUGUACAGGUUGAUGUUUUAAAUCUAAUACAGAGAUCUGAAAUUA